CCACGGAGGGGCGCCAGCACGCGAUGGAGGCUCCAGGACACUCUUGGCUUCCUACAGGGAUGGACCCUAAGUCGAGCUAUUUGUUGGAAAUCAGACUCAGUGCCAAUCCUAAAAAGCGUAGGAAGGAUUUUUCAUACUUUACCUUCAGCAAAGUUGUGGAUUCUGAUCUAUGCAAUUCCAAGGACCUCGUCAGAGAAAUUGUGGAUCAGUACCCUCAUGGAUACCAGGAAGUUGUGCAUGUUUUUUACUAUGAUGGUGUCCAAAAAUGCUCUCCUGAAAUCACAACCGAUCAGGAACUCCUUGAGAUGUUCCGCAAACAUGUCGAUAGCAAGGUAGUUCACAUGACCAUUACAUACACUGAUCCCAUAGAUGAUGUGUCUGUUCCUGAGUGCUACACCACAAAAAAUUCAGAUGUGCUUGAUCCAUCUUUAGCUGCAGCAAGCCAAUCCACUGAGGCAAUAUAUAGCCAACUUACAAAGCCAUCAACAAGCCAGCCCAGUGAACCUAGCACAAAUAAAACUAACGAAGAUGAUGUUGAGUGUCUAGCAAAUCCUCGUCCACAAAAUGAACAUGUUAGUUGA